UAUGUUGCACCUAUUUGUAAUUGCCCUUCCCUUCCUCAUCUUCACAAUCUUCCUCAUCAAAAGGCUUACCGAUACACCAAAACACAAAAACCUGCCUCCUUCACCACCAAGUCUACCAAUACUUGGAAACCUCCACCAACUAGGCACUUACCCUCAUCGAUCCCUACAAAGACUAGCUCAGCACUAUGGUGAACUCAUGGUGCUUCGUUUUGGUAUGCAACCAGUGCUCGUAGUUUCUUCUGCAGACGCUGCUCGUGAGAUCAUGAAAACAAAUGAUAUCAUCUUCUCUAACAGACCCAGAUCAACCAUUGCCGAUAAACUUAUGUAUGAAGCUAAGAGUAUGUCCUCAGCUCCUUAUGGUGAGUAUUGGAGGCAAAUGAGAAGCAUCUGCGUGCUCCAACUUUUAAGUAACAAAAGGGUUCAGUCUUUUCGAGCAGUAAGAGAAGAAGAACUAGCCUUGCUGACUGAGAAAGUGAAACAGUCUUCUCUGUUGUCAUUGCCUGUGAAUUUGAGUGAGUUGUUUGCUUCACUAACUAAUGAUGUGAUUUGUAGGGUGGCUUUUGGGAAAAAGUAUAGUGGAGAUGAAGGUGCAAGGAAAUUUAAGAAGUUGCUUGAGGAGUUUAUGAUCAUGUUGGGUGGUUUUUAUAUAGGGGAUUUUAUUCCAUGGCUUGGUUGGGUUAGUCAAAUUAAUGGUUUAGAUGCAAGAGUGGAGAAAGUUGCUAAGGAGUUUGAUGAGUUUCUGGAUUCUGUAGUUGAUGAGCAUAUGUGUACUCCUAAAAUGAAAGGAGAGAGCUGUGGUGAUAAUAUGAGUGUUGAAGGUGAAGAUAGGAAGGAUCUUGUGCAUGUUCUGAUUGAAAUUCAAAAGCAAAACAAGGCUGGCUCUUCCAUUGAUAGGGAUAGCAUCAAAGGUAUCAUUUUGGAUAUUUUUGGUGGUGGAACUGAUACUAGCUACACAGUUCUAGAGUGGGCAAUGACCGAACUUUUAAGGCAUCCAAGAGUCUUGAAAAAACUGCAAGAUGAGAUGAUGGGAAUUGCUAAUGGCAAAGCAGACAUAACCGAGGGCGAUUUAGAUAAAUUUCCUUACUUAAAAGCAGUGAUCAAAGAAACACUUCGGUUGUAUCCUCCAAUACCGUUACUGGUUCCUCGCGAAUCAACACAAGAGGCUAAAAUAAAGGGCUAUGACAUAGCAGCAAGAACCAUGGUCCUGAUCAAUGCUUGGACAAUUGGAAGAGACCCCUCAAUGUGGGAUGAACCAGAGGAGUUUAAACCAGAGAGGUUUUUGAACUCUUCUGUAGAUUUCAAAGGGCAUGACUUCCAAUUAAUCCCAUUUGGAGCUGGAAGAAGGGGCUGUCCAGGAUCCUUGUUUGCCAUGAUCACUAAUGAGAUUGUGUUAGCAAAUCUUGUGCACAAGUUUGACUGGACAUUGCCUGGUGGAGCAAGAGCUGAGGAUAUAAGCAUGACAGAAUGUACUGGCCUUGUCAUCCACAGAAAAGCUCCUCUCGUAGCUAUGGCUGUGCCAAGGUUUUCCGAGAAUUCCUCCUUUCCCAUUUUAUGAUUGUGAAGGCCUUUCUGCAGUGUCACCUCAAAGUUUCAUAACAGAAGCCCAAAGGAAGCAUAAGAUCAUGAAAUUCUGAGUCAUGCUUAGCCUAUAUAAAAUGAUUCUUUAUAUUGUUCCUUGAUAAAAAAAAUUAAAUUAUAGGAAUUUGGACUGUCAUCCUUAG